UUCAUUUACGACAACAUCGCCGUCGAGACAACAGAGAAAAUCUCUUCACAAUGAUGUUUAAUCUAAAGCAAAAUCUUUUCGUCGUCCUGUUGAUUUCUAUUUUUUCGUUUACUCUAUGCUCGAUUGAAAAGGGUUCCGUUUCUUCACAAGUUGGCGAACAACAAGUGCGCGAGUUCGUCAACAUCAGCGGCAAGGAGUACUUUGUGAAACUCGCGUCGCACACGUGGAUCGAAUCGAAGGCCGAGUGCGCCGCUUUGAAUCUGUCUCUGGUGACUUUUGAAGGGCCCGGCGAGUACACGGCGGUGCGCCAGGCCUUCCAGCAGCUAGGCUUCGAAAGCUUCUGGUUCUGGACGGAUGGCUUCAGAGCUGCCAAUUCGAGCGAGUGGGUUUGGCUGAGAGAGCCGUCGGUCCCGAUCAGUGAAUUUCACUGGGGCCCUGGACAACCGAGUGAGGACAACUCAGAGGACAGGUGCAUCAACUUUAGGGUCAUGAGUGGCGGCUGGUAUGGGGACAAUUGUGAAUUUCCUCCAUAUUAUUUAAGCUAUAUCUGUGAAUAAAAUUUAUCUAUAAUAUUCAAGGUAUUUAAUUAAUAUC